CUUGUGUUUGCCUAUUAUGCUUUUUCUUAUUUUGUCUUUCCAGCUGCUGGUAAGUCUGUCUCAAAACCAUUUCGCUUCCAUUCUAAUUGAUUACUUCUGACCUGAAAAGCCAGCUUCUAGGUUUGUUAGAAAUACACAGGGGAUGAAUCCCAGUCAAAAGGAGCUCCCUGUCAUGGGGGCUUUCCUAGGAGGGUGGUGGUCAGGAAGUUCGGUAGCACUUGGGCAGGAGAGGUCCUUUGGUUUUAAUCAUAUUCUGAAAAGUUAUCUCUAAUAGGAACUCACUUGUUUCUUUUUUGUGCCUUUCUCCAUGUUUCUCUCUCUAACCGCACACACACACCCACCCCUCCACCCCCACCCCCCUCCUUAUGUGGUGAAAUGUGUUUGCAGGUGAUUGGAAGUGUGUGUGUGUGAGCCCUGUGACUGGGAAUACGGUACUUGUGGUAAAUAAGCGGCACUUCAGGGCCUGUGUGAAAUGGGGGUGAACAACUUGUGUUAAAGACCAUGAUUCUCUUUGCUCACAGUCUGUCCUGCAGUGGCUUUGUAAACAGGUUUAAGAAUAAUAAUGUUGACAAUAAAGAGGAUAUUCCUUGGUUCAAUUUAGUGAUUUUGGGUCCCAGGGACUUCAAGUUUGGUUUCAGUUGUGUUGUCUUUAGUAGAUUGUCGGUUGUAACAGCAACCAAAGCUCCUAUUUGUUGGGCCAUCACUCAGGAACUCAUUCAAGUGGAUGUGGUGCAGCACGCAGGGCUGUGGUCAUGAAGGUGCGUCAGGUGGGGGCAGCACGUGGCCGCUGCCCUUCAAACCAGCAAGAGCCAUCCUGCGUCAGUCUCCUCAUUAGUCCCCUCUAGAAAGGAAUGCGCCUGUGUGGGACCUGCAGCAGGAGAAACUGUUGGAGGAGUCACAUCUUUGAAAACCACAUAGUAAUUAGCAUUGUUCCAAAUCGAAGCAGACAGAACCUGUUUGCCUCUUAACUAGCAGCAUCAAGACACGUAUCAUUUUGGAUAGCCUUAUUAUUGGUUUUGUGUUAGAAUUUAAGGAUUAUAUUCUUCAAAACUGCGACAAGCCUAAAUGUAACCAUGGCAUUUAGGUUGGAUUUUUUUUGAAGUCCUGAACAGGCCCCCAUUUCACAUAUUUUAAGUGAGUUACAACCUUUAAACACUGAUUACCAGCUUUGUCUCAUUUGAAUCUUACUUUUACAUCCAGAAUGUGUCUUAUGUUUCAAUGCAGCUAAGCCUACCGGUAUCAUUUUAGGCUAAUUAACAGUGUUUUGUGAUCUGGGACUCCUGUCAAAGAUCAUUAUAGAGCUAGAAAACACUGGGAGGUAAAAUGAACACAUGACCUCAUCUCUUAUUUUACACUAGACUAUAACUUGCAUUCAAAGAGACUAAAAAAGGAAAAAGAAAAAUUUCAUUCCUUCCCAUUAAGCUGUAGUAAAUGUGUUUAAUAUGAUUUUGCUGUUAAUAAUCCCUUUUAGCUGGUAGAAUGGAGGAUUUUGUUUGAAGGACUAGAAACUAACUACUGCCAGGAUAAAGAUUUUACUAGAAACAUAGAGUAGAUAUCAGUCCCUACUCUUUGUUUGUUGAUGCUGCUUUUUUAACUGAGGAAAUAAAAAUGCACAUCUACUGAAGAGAAAUCUGUAGACAAACUCUUCUCUUCCUGUUUUCAAAUAUAUUUCAUAGGUUGUUUCUUAUUUAAAUGUACAGUAAUAUAAUAGCCAAGAGAAUGCAACUGCUGUUCCUUUAAUAUCAGAACUGUGCACGCUACAAUAGGUGUCACUGUUUUGCUUGGUCCAAUCAUGAUUGGUGACUUCAGCUAUUGGCUCCGAGCACUGGCUGUCUGACUCCAUCUGCAGGGCUGUAAUACCUACUCUCCUCCGAUCCAUUCACCACACAACUUCAGCCGGCUGAACAGACUCACGCGGCUCCAGCACAUCUUGCUAACCUAAUUCAGAAAACAAGUGCUACGGUUCUCUGCCUGUCAUCUGCUCUCAGUGUAGCAUUUUCAGGUGAUCUAGGAAACUGGGUUAUUUUUAUGAGCAAAUAAGAGAAACGGGAAUCAUGAUGGGGAUGUAUUUAACAGACCCAGUACUGGAUAAAACUUAAAACCAGUUUCUAAUUCAGCAUAGUAAAAAGGUCACCUUGCCUGGCUGAGAAAAGAAGCAAAAUAUCAGCUUGUUGGUUUCUGUUUUCAUCUUAGCUCGUGCUAGCCCUCUUUUCCUUGAUGCUCGCGUCAGUUUGGGAUACCUGGCUAUAAAGAGAGACCUACUGUACUCAUGGUAGAUGACAAGGAAAAGAACAUGAAAUGUCUCACCUUCUUCUUGAUGCUUCCAGAGACGGUAAAGAACAGGUCCAAGAAAAGCUCAAAGAAAACAAAUCCCAGCAGUAGCAGCAGCAGCAGCAGCGGCGGCAGCGGCAGCAGCGGCAGCAAGUUGCCUCCAGUUUGUUAUGAAAUAAUUACCUUGAAGACUAAAAAGAAGAAGAAGAUGGCUGCUGAUAUAUUCCCCCGAAAAAAACCAGCCAACUCCAGCAGCACUACUGUCCAGCAGUACCACCAGCAGAAUCUCAGUAACAACAACCUUAUUCCGGCCCCGAAUUGGCAGGGUCUUUAUCCCACCAUUAGAGAGAGAAAUGCAGUGAUGUUCAAUAAUGAUUUGAUGGCAGAUGUACAUUUUGUGGUUGGGCCACCAGGUGGGACUCAGCGGUUGCCAGGACACAAAUAUGUUUUAGCUGUUGGGAGCUCUGUGUUCCAUGCAAUGUUUUAUGGAGAACUUGCUGAGGACAAAGAUGAGAUCCGUAUACCAGAUGUCGACCCUGCUGCGUUUCUUGCUAUGCUGAAAUACAUCUAUUGUGAUGAAAUUGACUUGGCUGCUGACACAGUCUUGGCCACUCUUUAUGCUGCCAAAAAGUACAUCGUCCCUCACCUCGCCCGGGCCUGCGUCAAUUUCCUGGAGACCAGCCUGAGCGCCAAGAACGCCUGUGUCCUCCUGUCCCAGAGCUGCCUGUUUGAGGAGCCAGACCUGACCCAGCGGUGCUGGGAGGUGAUCGAUGCCCAGGCCGAGCUGGCCCUCAAGUCUGAGGGGUUCUGCGAUAUUGACUUCCAGACACUAGAAAGUAUUCUCCGCAGGGAAACUCUGAAUGCCAAAGAAAUCGUGGUUUUCGAGGCAGCUCUCAACUGGGCUGAAGUGGAGUGCCAGCGACAGGAUCUGGCUCUGAGCAUCGAAAACAAGCGCAAGGUCCUCGGGAAGGCGCUCUACUUGAUCCGCAUACCGACCAUGGCCCUGGACGAUUUUGCAAACGGUGCUGCGCAGUCCGGAGUCUUAACUCUGAACGAGACCAACGACAUCUUCCUCUGGUACACUGCGGCCAAGAAGCCCGAGCUGCAGUUCGUGAGCAAAGCCCGCAAGGGCCUCGUCCCCCAGCGCUGCCACCGUUUCCAGUCUUGCGCCUACCGGAGCAACCAGUGGCGCUACCGGGGCCGCUGCGACAGCAUCCAGUUCGCCGUCGACAAGCGGGUGUUCAUCGCGGGCUUCGGGCUGUACGGCUCCAGCUGUGGCUCGGCCGAGUACAGUGCCAAGAUCGAACUCAAGCGGCAGGGCGUCGUCCUGGGGCAGAACUUGAGCAAGUACUUCUCAGACGGCUCCAGCAACACCUUCCCCGUGUGGUUUGAGUACCCGGUGCAGAUCGAGCCGGACACCUUCUACACGGCCAGCGUGAUCCUGGACGGCAAUGAACUCAGCUACUUUGGACAGGAAGGCAUGACGGAAGUUCAGUGUGGCAAAGUCACCGUGCAGUUCCAGUGCUCCUCCGAUAGCACCAACGGCACCGGGGUGCAGGGAGGGCAGAUCCCAGAACUUAUAUUCUAUGCUUGAGCGCGCUUCCCCGAGCAGUGCGGGCUCUGAGGGGCACGCCGGGCUCCUACUUGCUCGAUGCUUAGCUCAGCUGCAGAUACGCGAUCAGUGCAGGUAAUUUGUACCGAAUGGAGCUGUAGGCAGGUUCUAAUUUCUUUCAACCUUUUAAUUAUGUACAGGCAAAAAUGCAGCAUUCAGCUUUUAACUGUAUGCCUAAAAGAGCCAAGUUCUCAUCAAGGCUUGUUGUUCUUAGAGUUGCAUCUGUACAUCUGGGGAGAUCUUGCGUUCUUUUCCAACUUCCCCACUGACCUCCCAGUUUUGUCCCUCUUAGGAAAAUUUUUGGAUCACCUCAGAUUCCCUUUUGGGCUUUAUUUUAAAUAGAAAUAGUCUAAAAUAACAAUAACAAGAAUUAUUUUUAAACAGAACCCCUCGUUGCCCCCAAAACAGAUAAACCUCAGUGUACAAUUUUGAAAGAUGUUUUGCUUGAUAAUAAGUAAUACUGUAGAAAGUAGACAGUAGUCAUGUUUACCUUCUUAUUUUAUUUCCUUUUAAAUAUUUUACUUUUGGGCAUUACUUUUUCUUAAAUCCUAAAUUCGCAAGAUUAAGAUUUAAACCACAAAGUGUCGAUGUAAAGUAAGCAAGUAAGAAAUUGGAAGUUUUAGGUCCUGACUUUUGCUACAAACAGAUUUAUAUUUUAAUUUAGAAGACAAAAUAUUGCAGUACAGAGACUUCUUUUAGAAGUAACUAAAUUAUAAAAUUUUAUUAUCAUUAGAAAAAAGUUGCCAGGCCUGUUAAUUUAAACUAAAAUGGUUUAAAAAGGAAGCCUAAAAAAGUCCCAUACGACAAAUAGCUGAUGGCAUAUUAUAAUACAGAGUUUGAGAAAGUCAAACUUUUUUCUCCCUGUUUAGCUUCUGAUCCCUGACAUUUACUGGUUUUCAAAAGUUGUACUGUAUAGAAUUCCUAUUCCCUUUAUCCCAUGAAAAGAGGACCAAACGAUUCUUUAGAUGAAUGGAAUAACAAUUAGUUUUGUAGUGCCACAUGUUAAUGUAAUAAGAUACUUUUAUUCAUUGAUUUUUUUUGUUUGUUUGUUUUUAAUCUGAAAUGUACUUCACCGGCUCUUCUUUGACCACGUUCUAUUUUCUUAGUUAAUUAUAAUUCUGUCCUGUUCCUGGACUGCUAGAAUCUGGCCUCUGGCCAUCUUAAAGUGCCAAUAUAUGCCUGCAGGGUUUUUGAAAAAUGGUUAGAGCGAUGCACUUGAUGAUACCUAAUACUCACUGCCUCAACGUCACAUCCAGCUCUCUUAUUUGUCCAUGGAUAAUGUAAACAAAGGAGGGAAAAGCUCAUCAAAACAUUCCUUCAGUGAAGGCUUGUGCUGGCUUAGUGCCCGUGACCCUGGUGGUGUCCACUGUGUUCACUCCCAGUUGAAGUAUCCAUGUGUUCUGGGCAGCUUUUCUGCCCAGUGUGAUCCUGAGAUGGCUUCCCCGCCACCCAGAGUGUGGCCCCUGGCCGCCUCCUUCUCCUGCUCUGUGAGCCCAAAGCUGGCCCUGGAGCAGGGGUUAGUCCUGGGGUGGGUGUACGCGUGGGUGCCUGUGCGCGUGCAGGUGCGUGCCGGCUCAGGAAUUGUCUCCUCCCGGCCUGGCCAGUAAGGGCGGGGACAGAAACUGUCCCCCUGCUGGCCCCAGCUGGGCCCCAGCAAGUGACUGCCUGUGCUUCUGGGCCACUUCUCCCCCUGUAGACUGGGCUUGUUGCUUCGGCCGGCUUCCCUGAUAGAGGAGAACACUGGAUGACAGGAAAUGCUGUCAUCAUCUUUGCCAUUACCUAUGUCUGUUAGCGUAGAGGAUCAAAAGCUGUUAUGGUGAUUAUAGACAAGUACUCCCAGGACAACUUUCCAAAAUUAUCUAACAAUGAUUUCUUAUUAGCAAGAUGGCAGAUAGUAGUUUUGGCAAACCAUCUCUGAAACAAAGGUACAUUUUCCAUUUAGAAAAUACUUCUACAAAGGGUUUUAUAUAUAUAUUAUGAUUAAACAUUUCAGUAACUCAUAGAUAACUACCUUACAAAUUGGUAGACUUAUAAACUUGAUUGGAAGGCACUCAUUUUUAAGCCAGAGGAGAAGAAACUUUACUUAGCACUAAUUUCAUCAUAUCAGAUUGUUGCGGUGGGUGUGAUAACCUUAGAGGGAAGAUUGUUCAUUCAGUAACAGCCACGGUCAACUGCUCCUGUUAGUAGCUGCCCUUCAAAGGCUGGGGAACUGCUGGGCGAGAGCCACCCGAGACCCUGUACACUGGGUGUGGAAGAACUUAAUUUUAUGUUGAUUACUAUCACCAGAAAAAGAAAAGAAAAAAAUGCGUCCAUAAUCUGAUUGGCUAGUGCCAAGAGCUGUGGGUUACAUUUGAAAAUUGUAUUUAAAAGAAGAAAAUUUUAUCUUUUAAAUCCUAUUCUCCCUUCUGCAUUUUCAAUGACAUGGAAUUAAGGCUCGUGUGCUUGCUUUAUUUUCUUUGGUAGUCUCAAAUUUUGUAGCUUUUAAACCUAGAAACCAUUGUUCUGACAAGGCAGGCAACUGUAGUAUAUUAUAUAAACACAACGUUAUGAGACAGUGCCCUGUAGAUGCUUUUCCCAAUGUACCUGGCAGUCUUUGUCAUUGUUUAUAUCCUGGGGAUAAGGGGAACUAGGCUAGCAGUUCUAGUGUAACAUUCUUUAAGCAUAUCUUAAUAUAGUAUUUAAGUAAAUGGUCUAAUUUCUGCAUAAUUAUUGCACUGAACUGUCUUUUUGGUUUUUUUUAAGGUGUUUAAAGAAGCUCGCUAAUUCAAGACACUAGCCACUUGUGCAUCAGAGUGCUUGAAUUCAGUAGCUUACAGCAUUAUUUAUGAAGGAAAAAUAUAUAAAUAUGAAGUACCUCAUGCUGAAUGUUAUUGUACUGUAUUUUUAAUGUAACAGUGCAGAUCUUGUUAGACACAUGAAUGUGUAUAAUCAUGUUAAAUGAAAAUAAAAUAAAACUGGUUCAUA